AUGGAUCUAAAUCGAAGUAUACAGGACACUAUAGAAAACUUCGAUAUUAAUGUCAUCAAUUUCGAUCUGAAUGAAGCUGUUGAAGAUGAAGAACAAGCUAUUAUUGAAGCUGAGGAUGAUAAUGAAGUUCAUGACGAAAAUCAAUCUCUAAUGAAACCUCAAGGUGCAAGUAAUAACGAUGAGAUUAGUGGUUGGUUAGUAGGAGAAACUCGAGCAACACUUGCGAAAAUACAUGAAUUGUAUUGUCAACAUGCUGCUGCAGUUGGUUUUAGUGUUAGAAAAGCAAAACAAACAAGCAAAAUUGGAACUAAAGAUAUCAUCACCAAAAAGUUCUUUGUAUGUUCUGCAGCAGGAUUAAGAAAUUCUAGUAAAAAAAAGGAAAAAAUUGCAGAAGAACUCUUGACAGAGGAAACAAAAUUGAAUGAGGAAGGGCAAUUUGAGAUAGUUCAGCAUGUGUUGGUGCACAAUCAUCCACUCACUAGACCACAAUGGAACCAUUUCCACCGUUCAGAGCGUGCAAUGACUAGAAUUAAAGGGCAAGUAAUUGAGGCCAUGCAAGAAUCUAGACUAAGACCUAUGGAAUCCUUUAAUUACAUGUCAAAUGAAGCUGGUGGAGAAGAUGCUAUUGGUCAUACAGUGAAAGACCACAUGAAUUAUUGUUAUAAACUGAAAAUAAAGGCCAUUGAAGGAGGAGAUUCUCAAAGUAAGGUGGAUUCAGAUGGAAGGGUUUGGAACUUGUUUUGGAGGGAUUCCAUGAUGCUUGAAGAUUAUAAAAUAUAUGGGGAUGUCACUGUAUUUGACACCACAUAUAGGACUAAUCGUUACAACCUCAUCUGUGCACCCUUUGUAGGAAUAAACAAUCACUGGAAGAACACUAUGUUUGCUUGUUCUUUUAUUGGUGAUGAGACCACAGAUUCAUUUGUGUGGUUAUUUGAGACCUUCAAAAAGGUAUUUCCAAAUACUAGACAUAGAUUAUGUCUAUGGCACUUGAUUCAAAAUGCUGUAACAAGAUUUGGAGUUUUGAAGAGUGAUGAUACAUUCAAAGCUGCUUUCAUGAAAUGCUUGAGUGGUUGUAUUAAUGAAGCUCAGUUUGAAGUAUGUUGGGAUUCAAUGAUGACAAAGUACAAACUGAAAAACAAUAGUUGGUUCAAAAGGUUAUACUCACUGAAGCACAAGUGGUCAACAGCUCUAAGUAAGGACUUUUUCUCCGCGGGAAUCUUGUCAUCACAGAGAAGUGAGAGCACAAAUCAUGCAGUGGGAUUCAAAGCAAACAAGAAAACAAGUUUGACAGAAUUCUACAACAUAUUUCAGAAGACAGUGAAGACUUGGAGAAGGAAUGAGGAUUUUUAUGAGUUCAAUAGCAUAAAAUCAAUUCCUACUUCAAGCUAUCCAAUGUCUGCCUUACUAAAACAUGCUGCUGAGGUUUAUACACAUACAUUAUUCAGGGACUUUGAAGAAGAAUUCAACCUAGCCAUUGGAUCUCAAACUAAACUGCUAUUCAUUAAUGGAGACAAAAUGGUUUACCAAGUGUACCUUGAAGGCAGAGAUGGCACAACUCAAGCAGUAAAUUAUGAUCCUGUUAACCAAACAAUUCAAUGUCCAUGCAAGAAUUUUGAAGAGUCAGGUUGGUUAUGCUUCCAUAGCCUUAGAAUCUUACACAUGUAUUCUGUUGAAAAAAUCCCAGAGCAAUACAUAUCUAUCAGGUGGACUAAAGUGGCUAAGGAUAAAGUUUGGGAGAGUAUUGAGGCAGAGCAAAGGAAGAAGGGGACAUUAAACAACUUCACACCCUGGCGGCUACACAUGUCAACUGACUACCAUUCUGAGAACACUACAGGUGUAGAAGAGAAUUCAGAAGCAACUUCGUCUAAUGUGGUUCAAGUACUAGACCCAGCUCGUGCAAAAACUAAAGGAGGCCAAUCAAAUAAAAGGAUUCCAGGAAGCUAUGACUACAUGAAAAAGGGGAAGAGGAGGAAACAUAGAGAAUUUGGUGCCAAAACACCAAAUAUUAAUAAUAAGUAUAUGCUCUGA